AUGUGGGACUUUGUGCAAGUCGCUGUGGUGAUGACACGUGUCUUGAAGAUUAGAUUUGGCAAUUUGGGUGCCUCGGCAGUCGGGAGCUUCGGCAAGUGUCUAGCACCUCGGAAGAGCGUCUUCCUUCUACAUGGAAGAAGGCGUGUCUGCCUUGGUGCUAGUCGCUUUGAUGUUGGAUAUGCUCGGAUGAUUAUGGUGUAG